CAUACGAAAGAGAAACCUCACAAAAAUAGUUUAAAGAUACAUUUACUGUCGCAUACGAAAGAGAAACCGUAUGUUUGUGAGAUUUGCAAUAAAGCGUUUUCUCAAAAAUUUAAUUUAAAGCAACAUUUACUGACGCAUACGAAAGAGAAACCGUAUGUUUGUGAGAUUUGCAGUAAAACGUUUUCUGGAAGCGGAAAUUUGAAGAAACAUUUAAGGACUCAUACGAAAGAGAAACCGUAUGUUUGUGAGGUUUGCAGUAAAACGUUUUCUCAACGAGGAAGUUUGAAGGCACACUUAAGGACGCAUACGAAAGAGAAACCGUAUGUUUGUGAGGUUUGCAGUAAAGCGUUUACUGAACGAGGAAGUUUGAAGGCACACUUAAGGACGCAUUCGAAAGAGAAACCGUAUGUUUGUGAGAUAUGCAAUAAAUCGUUUUCUGUACGAGGAAGUUUGAAGACACACUUUAGGACGCAUACGAAAGAGAAACCGUAUGUUUGUGAGAUUUGCAAUAAAGCUUUUUCUGAAAGAAGACGUUUGAAGGCACAUUUACUGAAGCAUACAAAAGAGAAACCGCACCUUUGAAAUGUAUGCAAUAAAACUUUUUGUUGUGGAAACAUUUUAUAGAAAUAUUUUCUGACGGAUGCGAAAGAAAAACCUCUGUGUGUAAUAAAGCAUUUACUGCAAAAGUAAAUUUGCAGUUCCAUUUACCGACCCAUUCAAAAGAGUGGCUCUGUGCUUAUGAUGUUUGUAAUAAAGUGUUUUCUGGCCAAAAUAUUGUAAGGAGAUAUUCAUUCACGCAUAAAAAAGAAAAUCCCCAUGCUUGUAAAAUGCACAACAAAAUGUUUUCUCUGCGAGGAAAUAUGAAAUUGCUUUUAUAGGUUCAUACGAAAUAAAAAUGUGAGCAAUAAAGCAUUUUCUAAAUCAACCACAUUUACUAACGCAUGCAAGAAAACCCCGCAUGUUUGCGAUGUAUGCCAGAAAAAAUUUUCUCUCCGAAAUAUUUACCAAAAUACUUACUGACGCAUAGUAUUGAGUAACCGCAUCUCUGCAAGAUGUACACUUAAGAGUUUUUUUUUUUUUUUCUGUUAGAGAAUUUGAAGUUGCAUUUACUGACACAUACGAAAGAAAAAAUCUUAUAUAUGUGUGUGGAUUUUGUCCAUAAUAUUUAAUUCAAUGACGGUGUUAAAAAAAAAUAACAUUUUUAUUUAAAGGGAACGUUAAGAAGAUGUUGUUUGCUAGUUAAUGAAAUACAUAUAUAAAUCUCAGAAAAAAGAAAGUUGGCUCGUGCAUCGCAUGAUUCAUUUGCUUGCACGGGAACGAAGCUUAAACUGCGACGUCAUCUUGGGAAAGCAGGAUCACCACAAUACUUCCAUGAACUCUAUGAGUACCCCUCUAUUAGUACAGCAGGCACUAGAAUGAAAGCUAACGAGGGGCAAUCUGGUCCUCGAUAGUUCUCAUUUCUGUGGUACUAAUCGACGGCCAGAUCUUUGUUACAUAGAAUUCGGAGAGAAGUCAGGAGUCAACGGAGAAGGUUAAGGUACUGAUUGCUUUCAAGAUGGAAUUGCAGCUGAUGGGGGCGAUAUGAUUGGUGCAGAUGAUUGAUGAAAAUUUUCCGAUGAACACGUGCUUGACACGAUCAAUGCUGAUCGUAGAUUCCUUGCCGUUCUCCUCAAUUGUGAAGGUUUUAUCAGUAUGUCUGAGUACACAGUAAGGGCCUUCAUGCGAUGC